CUGCUAAAAAGAUAAACAGACCCGUGUGUGUGGAUGGAAGUGAUGGAAAGAUAGAGAUUUAACUUUCGUCGAUGUGAGUUGAUGAGUUCAUCAUGGGGCGCUCUUCAAAAGACAAGAGAGAUAUCUAUUAUCGAUUGGCCAAGGAAGAAGGCUGGCGAGCUCGUAGCGCUUUCAAACUGCUUCAGAUCAACGAGGAAUUCAACAUUUUUAGAGGUGUUAGCAAAGCAGUGGAUCUGUGCGCUGCUCCUGGUAGUUGGAGUCAAGUCCUGAGUAGAAAACUCAGACAGAGUGAUGCGGACAAGGCAAAGGUCAAGAUUGUAGCAGUUGACCUUCAGGCCAUGGCUCCUCUACCAGGGGUCAUUCAGCUGCAGGGGGAUAUAACAAAGGAGUCAACAGCUAAUGAGAUCAUUAGUCAGUUUGAAGGAGAACAGGCUGACUUAGUAGUGUGUGACGGGGCACCAGACGUAACAGGACUUCAUGACAUCGAUGAAUAUAUACAAGCACAGCUGCUUCUCGCUGCGCUUAAUAUCACCACUCAUGUCUUGAAGACGGGAGGAACUUUUGUUGCAAAGAUAUUUCGUGGCAAAGACGUCACUCUCCUCUACUCACAACUGAAGAUCUUCUUCCCGAAUGUGACGGUCGCCAAGCCGAGAAGUAGCAGAAACUCAAGUAUAGAGGCGUUUAUUGUUUGCCAGGGCUAUGCUCCGCCGGCUGGCUACAAACCCAACAUGUCUAAUCCACUACUCGAUCAACGUUAUAAUGUAGAUUUCAACAGCCUAGAGGGACCAAACAGAGUUAUUGUUCCGUUCUUAGCGUGUGGUGACCUCAGCGCCUACGACUCGGACAAAACCUAUCCACUAGAGCUUGAACCGGGUGCAGGUUACUCCUAUCAUCCUCCGACGCAAUCACCGAUAGAUCCACCCUACAAGACCGCCUGCUACCUCAAGAAAACUGACAUGCUGUCCAAACCGGAUGUAGCCGGUUCAAACCAAUCCACACCAGUAGCAGCAGCAACCAGUUCCAGCCAGUCAGAACUAGAUGAAAAGUUGAGUGUGUCCAGUGUGGAUGACACAAGUACCAGGCAGUCAGAGAUAGACAUUCAAGCAAGUACGACGUAGUCGAUGUAUGCUUGAAUUGUGUACAGCUGGUUCAAACUGGUUGGAGCUGGAAACUGCAAGUUUUAGUGCCCUCCCCCCACACCCUUGGAAGUCUUAUGGAAGCCUGUGAUGUUUCGUUAAAGGCACUGGACAUUAUUGGUAAUUACUCAAAAUAAUUGCUAGCAUAAAAACUAACGAGGUACUCACAAUGAAGAGCUGUGGAUAGUAUAAAACAUUGUGAGAAAAGGCUCAAAUAAUUUUUGAUAAAGUGUUAAUUUCUCUCUCAAGUAUUAAAAGACUUCAGGCCUGAACCCUUUUGUAGGCGACUGGAGAGCACUUAAA